GCCUCUGCAUGCUCUAGCAACAUACUGCUCAGCUGAAGGGAAGGGAUUCUUGCUGUCUCUCUCUGCUCUAAGCAUCACCUAACAAGCAAAGCGAACAAAGAAUGGGAAAUAAAGCUACCCUUAGCCGGUCAGUGAAUGAAUGGUAACCUCUCUAUGGAGUAAAGGUUGUGCCGGUCAGUGGUCGUUGCAAAUGAUGGACAUUAAACAGAUUGACAAAUCCUGUGGAGUCGUUAGUAAAGAGUUUGGAGUUUUUUUCCUGCCACAGUGUUAACUGCAGAGAAAAAGGACAGAGGGAGAAGGAGAAGAUCAAGCUCAUGUACAUAGUUCUGAAACUUGCAGGUCCUAGGAGUCAGCUAAAAAGCUAGCUGGACAAGCCUUUCGCUCUUUGAGCAGAAGCGAAGUGAGACAUUGUGAGCUUGCCAGCCUUGCACAAAACUGAAAGGGACCGAAUUUGUAGCACAGAGGGGUCUUUUUUAGCUCUGCAUAUAAUUAGUCCAAACACAAAGGAAGCAACUGAAUGGAGGUUGUCACUCUCUGGAAAAGGAAUUUGAAAAGAUUCAAUGGACAUUCUCAAGCAUAUUUGGAAAUAUUCUUGCUAAUGGAUUUCCUUCUUAUCGGUCUCUGUUUAAACUGGCUGCUGAGGAAGCCCCCGGGGUUGAUAUUGUGUACGCUGGGUAUCUUUUCUAAAAUGCUUCCAGCCGUGAAUAGUGGGUGUCCACAGCUAUGUCGGUGUGAGGGCAGGCUUUUGUACUGUGAAUCACUGAAUCUUACAGAGAUGCCUCGCAACCUGUCGGGCAUGAUGGGCUUGUCUCUGCGGUACAACAGCCUUUCAGAGCUGCAUGAUGGACAGUUCACAGGGUUAAUGCAGCUCACGUGGCUCUAUCUGGAUCACAAUCACAUUUGCUCAGUGGAGGGGAAUGCCUUUCAAAAAUUGCGGCGAGUUAAAGAGCUCACCCUGAGUUCCAACAAAAUAACCCAACUGCCCAACACCACUUUCCGACCCAUGCCAAACUUGCGCAGUGUGGAUUUAUCAUACAACAACCUACAGUCUUUGGAGCCUGACCUGUUUCACGGGCUGAGAAAACUAACAACUUUGCACAUGCGGUCGAACGCCAUCAAGUUUGUGCCAGUGAGAAUUUUUCAGGACUGUCGCAGCCUGAAGUUUCUAGAUAUAGGAUACAAUCAGUUAAAGAGCCUGGCUCGAAACUCUUUCGCAGGCUUGUUCAAACUCACUGAGCUGCACCUUGAGCACAAUGACUUGGUGAAAGUGAAUUUAGCCCAUUUUCCCAGGCUCAUCUCUCUGCACUCUCUCUGCUUGCGAAGGAAUAAAGUUACCAUCGUAGUAAACACUUUGGACUGGAUAUGGCAACUUGAAAGACUGGAUCUCUCUGGCAAUGAAAUCGAAUACAUCGAACCUCAUGUUUUCGAAAGCGUACCUCACCUCAAAACCCUGCAGUUGGACUCCAACCGGCUGACCUACAUUGACUCCCGAGUCCUCGACUCCUGGAAGUCCCUCACUAGCAUCAGCCUUUCUGCAAACGCCUGGGAUUGCAGCCGUAACGUUUGUGCCCUGGCCUCCUGGCUGAGCAACUUCAAGGGUCGCUACGACAGCAACCUGCUCUGUGCCACCCCUGAGUACGCACAGGGCGAGGAUGUUUUGGACGCGGUGUACGCUUUUCACUUGUGUGAAGACGCGGCAGACCCAACGAGCGUUAACACCCUCUCCCCGGUAACAAACAACAGCGACCAAAUGUUCAGCUACGGCUCUGCCACUGCCACGUACGACGUGCAGGACAGCGAAGGGGACCAAACGACGUAUGCCAUAACCGUGACCAUGCCCGGCGAGAACUCAGAGAACGCCGUUCAGAUUCACAAAGUGGUGACGGGGACCAUGGCACUGAUUUUUUCCUUCCUCAUCGUGGUUUUAGUGUUGUACGUCUCCUGGAAGUGCUUUCCAGCCAGCUUAAGACAUCUAAGACAGUGCUUUGUAACACAGCGCAGAAAGCAGAAGCAAAAACAGACCAUGCAUCAAAUGGCUGCCAUGUCAGCCCAGGAGUAUUACGUUGAUUACAAACCCAACCACAUUGAGGGAGCCCUGGUGAUCAUUAAUGAGUACGGAUCUUGUUCCUGUCACCAGCAGCCAGCGAGGGAAUGCGAGGUGUGAUUUUCUGGGGGGAUUUAAACAGUGUGCAACCAAAUAACAGCGUGCAGGCAGACAGUGGCACAGAGAGUGGGGGGGUUGCUGUGCUUUGCUGGUGAUUUCUGACACGCUCCUCUGCUGAAAUUGUUAAGAGGGGCUGUCUCAGAGACUUGAUAUUUUAGCUUUAUCGUGUCUUAAAAAUCUUCAGGACAGUCAAUCUUAAGAUUUCAUAUGCUAAUACUCCCUUUGAAGAUCUGUCAAUAUUCAGGAAUCUGAGAGUGUAAAAAGGUACCAAUUAUUGAUCUUUUGUAAACUAAGAAAACUGUUUAAAAUAAAAAAAAAUAGCAUUUACAGUUUUUACAGACUGGUGUACAUUACAUGAAUUGUUCCCUGUAUACAAAAUGCAACAGCUUAACCUCUUUUUCUCUUCAUGCUGAGUGUUGAAAUGAAAGUCUAGGAGCAAAGAAGCCACGUAAAACAGAAAGCUGAAAAUGAACCAGAUGGCUUCACAUUGUAAUUAGCACACAUUCACUUACAUCGUGUUACUGAAGAUAUGAAGCAUGACACUGGAAUUGUAUUUUUGUUAAUGUGCUACCUGUAACUGGAUGUCAAGUACAACAAGGAACCAGUGCACCUCAGAAAGGCUAAAGUUUUUACCAUGUCCAUGGGACAAGAUUUCUGAGGAUUUUUAAGUAAAGAUCACUUGUUAAUUGCUGUAAGAUCCAUAAAACCUGUAUCGUAACCCCUAAAAGUACUUUUUAAUCAAAACAACAUCGCAAAGUCUCACUGAAAAAAAAGCCAACAAGCAACAAAAUCUAAACUACUGAAACACUGCCAAAAUGUGCUUAGCAUAAUUUUCUUUAAGACAAAAAAGUGAAAAAAAAAUCUAAAUUUAAGGUCUUUUACUAGCAUUUCCCACUUUUAUGCUUGUUUUGAGAUAUGCUAAGAGCAAAGAAACCCUUGCUUUGUGCACUGUGGUGCUAUAGUGAAUGGGGAAGAGCAAAAGCUGUUCAGUUCUCAGUGGUGAAACCUGCGUGUUUUUCAAGAGUAAAACCUCGUCUGUAACACUGUCAGAGUAGGACAGAGUUAUUAGAGCAUACACCUGGGUCCUAUAGUAAGCUGCCAGCCAAGCCUGUCUCGUGUCCCUCACUUUCACCACCAGCCUUCACUAACAAAACAACCCUAAAAGCUCUGCAGAGGCUGAAAGUAGACGAACCCUCCUUACUAAUGACUGAUAAAUGGAACUGAUGGAUAUAAAGCAGUGAUUUAAUAAUGUAGAAUCACACAGCUGUUUUAUUUGACUGCCCUUAAAUAAAGGCUUCCUUUCCUUGUAUUUCGGAUUUUUCAUUCCAGUAUGUGAACAUCCUAUUGAUUGAUUUUUAAAACAACUCCUCUCAUACUAAUGAAGAUGAGGUAGUUUUAUAACAUCAGGAGAGCAUCUUGAAAUUUUCUUCAUACAGCAUUACAUGCUAAUAAAAUGUUACAGAUAAUGAAUUGGGUAA